GCUGUCUUUAACGAGCUUCAGUUGCACGUGUGAGCUCAAAUUCAAUUUUCGUACAACUUUCAAAAUAUUGAAUAUUAUUCAAUUUCCCUAUGGACUAUAUGACCGACGAAGAAGCUGUGAGAAGCGUUUGGGAUUACUACAACCAUGAGAAUGGCAAAGAAGAGUCCAAAAAGGAAAAUGCGUGCACCAUAAGAAAGCGCUUUGAGCAAAAAGUUUUACGUUUGUUGACAAUACACAAUGUGCCCUAUUCAAAAAAAGAUGAUGAAGAAACUUACGAGGACUAUCUGCUCUCUGAUGAUGAAAAUAUGCCAAAUCCAAAAGGUAUCAAGUUAAAACAAUCAAUCAAAACUAAACCUAGAGACAAUGACGGCGACGAGGAAGAAGAGGAAGAGGAAGAGGACGAGGAGGAUGUGGACGAACGUAUUGCGUCCAUAAAGAACAAAUUGCGCCAGAAAAAGCGUCCGACUACUGAAAAGCAACAGAAGAGACGUGUAGCAAAGAAGCUGAAGCGAAGCAAAGGCGUGCAAAAGCUGCUCCAAUCCUCAGCAAAGAUAAUGAAAAAUGAGAAUAUAAAACAGAAUAAACUAAAGAAUGGAGGUAUCAAAGCAGAAUCGAAUGAUGAUGGAGAGGCAACAGAUAGCAAGGCAACCAUUCAGCCCGUUCCUCUGAAACCUGUAUUCAACGAGGAAUCGAAGAUAGUUUAUUCCAAAAUUGAUUUCGCAGCCAACCCAGGUGCUAAGUCCAAGAAAUCGCAUCAAAAUCCAAAGGAAAUACUUAAAAAGCUGAAAGAUACACGCCAACAAAUAAACGAACUAAAGGAACAAGGUCAAGGGGAUAAAGCAGCCGAAUUACAAAAUAAUAUUGCUUGGAAGAAGGCAUUUGAUAAGAUAGAGGGCAAGAAAGUGAAAGAUGACACCAAGCUCCUCCAAAAGGCCAUCAAAAAGAAGAAGUUGGAGAAGCGGACGGCAAAGAAGAAAUGGACGGAACGCAAGCAGAAGGUGGAUCAUGAUAUAGCGAAACGUCAGAAGAAACGACAGGAGAAUCUAGAUAAGCGCAGCAAGGACAAGAAGAACAAGAAACUGAAGAAGGCUAGCAAAAAGGGCCGAAUUAUACCUGGCUACUAAAAACUGGGUGGCAAAAAAAUUAGAAAUACAAGUCAAAUAUAAAAUUUUUGACAAAACGAAAUUUAAGUUCUUUUUAAAUUCA